AUGCCCGACGCUCCUCCUCUGGGCCUGGGGGAUGCGCCCGGGCAGAGUCACCAGCACGGCCAUGGCCCAUCCACGGGCAAUAUCGCCCCCGUGCCAGAGGUACGAAGGACUUCAUCUUCAUCAAGCGCCCAUACAUUCUCCGGCUCAUCCAUGGGGACCGCCACUCCGACAGGCGCCAAACUCCCUAUUCCGCGAAACCGACCGGGCGCGCCGUCGAGGCAUCAUCGACGAGUCCCACGGGCUUGUGCCUCCUGCCACAUGCGCAAGACGAAGUGCAGUGGUGAGAGCCCAAUCUGUAGGCAAUGUCACGAACUAGACAUGAAAUGCGUGUAUCCACCGCCUCUACGCGAGAAAAUGAAAAUACAGCAGGAAGAACUUGCCAAAAAGCUUCAAGAAUGCCAGAGCUUGCUGGGAGAAGUCGAACCGCUGGUAUCAGGUCGAACUGCGAAAAGAGUUCGUGAGUUACUGCAACGCUUGGAGACGGGAUAUCUGUCCAGCGAUCCGUCCAGUGGCAAUGCCAUCCGCUCAAGGACUUCCUCGCUCGCCGAGAUGGACAAGCCAGCAAGUUCGUCCUCUUCCGUUGGCUCAUUAGAGGCGCAAGAUCAUGUGGAUAUCGAUUUGAACCGGUCAGAGGAAACUCGAGCAACUGGCCACCUGGGCAAAAGCUCAGAAAUCAAAUGGAUGCAACGAUUACAGGAGACGGCCGAGCAGCGUCGCAAAGACAACGCUUCUGGGACCAAUGCUGGAUUAGACGGUACAUUUUCCGAGCUUCCUCAGGAUUUGAAUUAUCAUCUUGAUGAUUUUGACAUUCAAGUCUCGGAACCUGUGCAAAAAUAUUGGAUACCGCCGCGUCCGUUGGCUGAUCUGCUGUUUGACACCUACCUUGCCGUUGCACAUCCCUAUUUUCCAAUCAUCAAUCGCCCUUUGUUCCGAGACCAGUACAAAUCAUUCUUUGAUGAGACAGUCUUGCCAGGCGACAAGUGGAUCGCCAUCCUCAACACGAUCUUUGCCGUUGCUACGAGCUAUGCACAUUUGGCAGAGCUAGAUUGGCGUGCAGAUGCAGAGGAUCAUUUGGUGUAUCUGGCACGGGCACGAAUGUUGAGCUUGGAGGGCGAUGAUAUAUUUCGGCAUCCAGACAUUCAGCAAGUUCAGUUAGAAGGCUUGAUUACUUUCUACUUGCUGACCAUCGAUCAGAUCCACAGAGCUUGGCGAAUUUCCGCCUUGGCUGUUCGAUCGGCCAUUUCUCUAGGUCUCAAUCUACAAAACAAAAGCUCGGCUGUGCCGGGAAUUUCCAAAGAGAUGCGGAAUCGGGUGUGGUGGUCACUAUUCUCACUCGAGAACAAGCUCGGCAUGAUGACGGGGCGGCCAACAUGUGUCUCCGUCAACAUGUGCAGCUCACCAUUCCCUCUUUCCUGGGAAGAAUCUGAUCUUGCCGCUCCCAACGCUUCGUCGCUGUUGACGAAUCCCGUGCUUCGUGAUGGACAGAUUGAUGCUACCAUGGCAAGCUAUUACACGCCCGGAACGCCAAUGGGCCAGUCGGGGGGCAUUGGAGAUAUACGGGCCGCUCGUCAUUGGCUUCGAGACCAGCCCGUGAACUCGGGAUUAUGUUUUCUGUACUCUUGUGAUCUGACGAUGAUCACGCAAGAGAUUCUCGACCGGGUUUACGCAGUUCGGUCCGCAAAGCGAGACUGGUCGUAUAUCCAGGUCAUACUGUCAGAACUUGCGGGGAAGAUCGAUAUCUGGUUCUCCACGUUGCCCAAGACGCUGGACUUUCUUGCCUCGGACAACAAUGAUGCGUACUACAACCACAAAAUGCAGCUGGCGUUGCAAUACCACGGGUCGAAGAUUUUGCUGGGUCGGCCGUGUCUCUGCCAGCACACAUCGACACCGAAGACUGACAGACAAGAAAUCAACGAAUUCAAUAAAACGAUGAGUCUUUCGGCCUUGGAAUCGGCCGCACAGAUCACACACUUGAUUCCAGACAGUCAACUCCUCAGCUCCACGCAUCGCCACGGGCCGUGGUGGUCCCUUCUUCACUCUGUCAUGCAGGCCGUGGCAAUCAUGAUUCUCGAAAUUUCCUUUGGAUACGUCCAUAUGCCCGAAGGCGAGAAUAUGCUCAUUCCAUUGACCAAGAAAUGCAUCCGCUGGCUCCAUAGGACAUCGGAGAGUAGCGUGGCUUCCCGUCGGGCCUGGCAGCUAUGCGACAAUACUCUGCGACAACUAGCCGGUUCGAUGCAAUUCGAAAUCAGCGACAUGCCGCCUCCGCCACAUUGGCACCGAAAAGGCCCCGCUGGCACCUCUAGUGGCGGUUCGUCUGCUUCCACGGGGCAAGAGGGGCUGACGAGCUCUGCCAUGGAGAGGCACAAUACCGCGAUUCGAAUCUCAGACGUGAUCUCCAAAGACACGGACGAUUUCCCACCGUCACUGGGAGACUUUUCGCAACACGUGCCUAUCCCGUCAUCUUCUGCGUACAAGGUCUCAACAGCCAAUACGAAGACCGCCGCCGCCUACGGAUCACUCGAUCGGGAGUUUAUUCAGACGUUCUUUCCCGAGCUUUUGCAGUGA